GAUAAAUAAAAAUAAAAAUAAUUUUAAUGCGCAAAAAAAUAAGAUGAAAUUAGAGGGGCCUAAGUUAAAAUCAAUUUGACUUGAUCACCAAGGCAUUUAAUUUCACCGACCCAUGUUUUUUUGGGGGGCAAAAACUAUAUAAAUACGGCUUGGUCGGCUUCUGCGUUCUCCUCAAUCAAUCUCUGCUGAACUCACGAACGCCUUCUGGUAAGAAUUCCAGGAAUUCCAAAUAUUGUAAAUUUCUAAGGGUUUUAUGCCUUAUUUUUUCUGUAUUAUUUUCCAAAUUUGUGACUUUUGUUGAUCAAUUUCAUUGUAUAAGCAAAUUAUUAUCAUACAAUUUACAAUUUCAUAAUUAAGAGCUUUUUUUGCUUGUAAUCAUGUCGGCAAGAAAAGCUAGUAGUUUGAGGAAAGUUUCUAAUUGUUGUCAAGGUUUUGGUUAUGGGGGUAACAUUAGUUCUCAGAAUAAUGGGGUUCAUUAUAAGUAUGGCCGAAAAAGGGGUAACUUUGAAACCGAUUAUAGUGAGGAAAUUGGUAAUGGAGUUGUGCUUUCUUCGCUUCGAAAGAGGAGGAAGUUUGCUCCUCGAAGGCCGAAAUUAUGUAAUGAUCUUGAUGAAGAGGGUAUUAUUAUUAGUCGUGUACCGAAAUUAUCGAAGUCUCGGUGGGUGUUUGAUCAUGAUUUUGAUGAGUGUGGUUGGGUACAGAAGGGUGGAGUUGUUAUUAAAGCGGAGGGAGUGAAGGAGAGGAGGUGGAGUCGUGCGAGCGGGGUGAUUCAAAAGGAGGAGUUAGCUGGUGAGUGUGUGAUGAGAGUAAAUGGUGAUGAUUGUAUGAAAUUUGGUGUAAGUGAUCAUGUUAAGGAAUGUGUUACAUUGGAUUUGGAUGAUUUCGAUGAGGGUGUCGAGGGUGGAGUGUCUAGGGGAGGGAGGGGGAUUGUGCCUCGAGGUUGUAGAAGUGUGGUUGAGUAUGAGAACCUUGGUAAGAUUAAUGAGGGAAGUUAUGGGGUUGUGUAUAAAGCAAGGGAUAAGAAGAGUGGAGAGAUAGUUGUUUUAAAGAAGAUGAAGUUGGGGAAGGGAAAUGAGGGAUUUCCUGUUUGUUAUUUGAGGGAGAUUAAAAUACAUAUGUUAUUGAACCAUCCUUCCAUUGUGAAUGUUCGAGAAGUUGUGGUGGAUGAUGGCAUUGAUGGGUUUGAUAAUGUUUAUUUGGUGAUGGACUAUGUGGAACAUGAUCUUAGGGCAUUGGUUAAGUCAAGGAGGCGGCCUUUUAGUCAGAGUGAAGUGAAGUGCUUGAUGCUUCAACUUUUGGAGGGUGUUGAAUAUCUUCAUGAUAAUUGGGUGUUUCAUAGAGAUUUAAAGACUGCAAAUAUCUUGUUUAAUAAUAUGGGAGAGGUAAAAAUUUGUGAUUUUGGAUUGUCAUGCCAGUAUGGUAGUCCAUUGAAACCGUAUACUUCUAUGGUGGUAACGCUUUGGUACAGGGCUCCCGAGCUUCUGCUGGGAGCCAAAGAAUACUCAACAGCUGUGGAUAUGUGGUCAGUGGGUUGCAUAAUAGCUGAACUACUGACUGGCAAACCAUUAUUUGAGGGAAAAACUGAGUUUGAGCAGAUUGGUAAGAUAUUCAAUUUGUUGGGCACACCUAAUGACAAUAUUUGGGAAGGCUACUCAAAGUUGCCUGGGGUUAAGCUCAACUCUGUUCACCAACCAUACAAUCUAUUGCAUAAAAAGUUUCCCUGUGCAUCUUUUAUUGGCUCUCCAACACUGUCUAACUCGGGGCUUGACUUGUUGAGCAGGCUAUUAACAUAUGACCCUGAGAAGAGGAUAACAGCGAAAGAGGCCCUUAAUCAUUGCUGGUUUCAGGAAGUUCCUCUUCCCAAUUCCAAGGAGUUCAUGCCUACUUUCCCACCGGUAUUGUAGGCUUCUACACAAGUAGUAAUCAGAUUAUGUCGGGCAGAGCUUCGUUUAAGGGACUGCAGCAGUACUCUUAUCUUAUCUAAUUUGCUGUUACAUUUGUGUGGAACCUGUUGAUGUAUGUGAUUAAUUUUUGAGUUUGGAUAUAAUAUUUUUCCACCUUGUAGGGUUAUAUGACUUUUGUGAAGCAAUUCAUGAAGUAAAGUUGAGUUGCAUGGCUGAAUUAAUAACAAAGGUGUGAAGUAACAAUUCUUUAUUUGAUCAUAUCUUUGUUUUCCUUCUUUCUUUCAUUGGCUUGUGAUUUGGAGAAACUUUUGUAUCUAUUUUAUUAUUUCCAUGUACAUUAUCAUGAAGAUUGUCAUUUUACGGUGAUUAUUUUCUUAAGCCAUCUUGCUUAUUUUUAUUGUUUAGUGCACUUAUUUUAGCAAGGAAUUACUGCACUCAAAUCAACUAUACUGGAAACAAUUUUCUUCAUGCCUCGGUGGAGAAACAUCUUUUUAGUAUUCAUGUUUUUUUUGUGGAGUUGGGGUAUAUUGUUUCUCUUCUACUUUUUUGUGUAUUGUGGUCCUGUCUUACAAUCAUAACUGGCUGUCCUUGUAUGUGUUUGAAGUUUGAUCAUAUCUCUGCUGCUGUAUUGGAGCUUUACGAGACAUUGAAAAGCUAUAGAAUGAGUUAAUACUCGGUACUUCAUUUAUGGUCGUUGGUGAGGGAGUACUUCAUGUACUUCAUCUCUUUCCUUUGCUUUUUAAGUACUUCAUGUAGCUUUGGUGGUUGAUAAAUAAAUAUUUUGCAUUUGUGAGAAGAUUAUACUUUUUCUGGGGUACAGAUGUCCUAGCAACGGUGUGCCAUUUUACAUAGUGUAUUGCAGUUGGCUUCAUGCUCAAUCUUACAGGUGGUCAAGGUUGAACUUUUAUCUGAUUUAUUGGUUGUGAAACUUGAUUUUUAGAUGCAAGAUGUUAGUAUUGAUGCUCAAUAUAAAAAAGAGCAUAAUUUAGAUUGUUGUAACAUGUCAUAUGUAAUCUGCUACUAGUACAUGAUCAUCUGAGCAGAGAUAAUGUCCUUAAGGAUGUGAUCUUUAACCACGCUUUAGACGUGUGUACGAUGUAUUAACUUUGGUAUGAUGAUUUCUUCUUUUGAGUGGUAACUUCUGUUGUAUCAGAUGUUUAGGGGUCUGAAGUCACUGGCAGUUCUGAAUGUGCAAGUAAGACUGAAGGAACUGUGUUAGAGUGAGCCUGAAAGACUGAGGAAACUGUUAGCAUGAGCCGGAAAGACCGAAGAAUUGUGCUUAAGCAUACGAUGCUGGUCCGUUUUUGACACCACUCAAUCGAAUCAUCUUCACCAAAUUCAUCUUUGCUGCGGCAACCUGAUGAUCAAUUUCGUGUUAAAUCAACAAUGUUUUUGAAUCAAUUUCAUGUGCCGGUGUAGUGUUAUCGAGUGAUCAUGUGUUGUAUGAAUCUUCUAUAAGAACAUGGAAAGCAUGAUUUGAUCUGAGAUGUAGAUUAAUAAUCAUCCAUUUAUUUGUUUAGUGAAAAUUGUCAGAAGAUGUAUCAACACAACAGCAUGACAAUUAGGGUACACUUGCA